AUGACUCCAUCUACUCCCAAGGCCGACGAAAAUCAACCUCUCAAUGAUAUUCUCUGGAAUGAUGUUAUCAAGCACAACAAGAAAAUGAUUGAACGUGCAAAAUCCGAGAGUCUAGAACACUACUUGUAUGGAGUAUUGGACGAUAUCUUCAGUCGCUGCCUGCAGGAACAAAACCUAGAAUUGGUUACCAAGUUUAGCAUAUUUCGACUCUUUUUAUGCCCCCAAUACCGACUAUCAUACACUUUCGACUCAGAGGACAUUUCACCUGACCAAGAAUCUGGUUCAAGAGUCGAUGCGUCUUCCGGGACUGAGUCUGGUGACUUUCCUGAUUCGGGUUCUUCGCAGGAAGCUAGCAAAUCGCAGGAUGGUCGGUCAGAAGGCACAAUUAAAGAAGACUCGGAGGCUUUGGUUUCUGUAAAGAAAAAUUACCAGAUUCCGGACUUUGCUGUCAUAGCUGAUAACUCAGGCUACCGGAACCGGAAGUCGCAGGUGGAAUUCAUACCAUUUCUCAUUGAAGCAAAGCCCUUCAACCCAAGGAAGGCAAAGGGAAAACGGCAAAGCAUAAAUGGUGCUCUUAGAACCAUUAUGUCACAAAUAGUUCUUCAAGCAAAAGCAAAUUUCGACACCUAUCCUAUGCAGCAACAUGUCCAUAUCUUCUGUGUGCUUGGUCAUCGUUGGAAGGUGCUCCGAUUCGAGCGAGCUGUCCUCACUCAAGUGGUAUACAUGCACGAUGAUUCAGAAUACAAACCCGAUAAUCAGAGGUGCUGCCGCGUCCUAUGGAAAAAAGACAUUGUGUCUUAUUCACCACGCUUUUAUCCCCUUCUGAACAAGGAGGGAAAUGAUAUCCACGAGCAGCUCAAGCUCGAGAUCGCUGUGUGUUUAAACCAAUACAAAGAGCUCAAAACUCAACAGAAGCAGGUGAAUGCCGAAGCAGAUACUUAA